UCCACUAGGAAAUGGCUCCGGUAAAACCGCUAAAAAGGACCAGAAAGCUCAACCCUCGCCUCUCAAGAAAAAGGACAGCACAAAGGAAUAAACAAUACAAACAACUAUAACCAUGGCAACAGACUCAGACAAUCAAAAGUCUGAGCCCGAUCAAGACGAGGCUUGCCUCGAGCCGGAACUGGUGGAAACGCACCAUCUAGAAUCUCCGACCCCAAAACUGUCGGAGCGAUGUGAAACCCGGCUGUCGAUGAUGUCAUCAGGCGGAGACUUGUGUCGGAUAUGUCAGUGCGACAUCUUGGAUCAGGAAGAAGAUUCGCCGCUUGUGGCGCCAUGUCUAUGUUCGGGCAGCAUGAAGUAUGUCCACCAGGCGUGCCUGCAGAAGUGGAUAAAGAGCUCGGACAAAACGUGCUGCGAACUUUGCAAAUACGAAUACAAAAUGACCUCAAAGGUCAAACCCUUUAUACAAUGGGAAAGACUCCAGAUGUCAACGGUGGAGCGGAGGAAGAUCACCUGUUCAGUCACAUUCCAUGUAGUGGCCAUAACAUGCGUCAUCUGGUCCCUAUACGUGCUCAUCGACCGGACGACAGAGGAAGUGGAGGCCGGAGCGUUGGACUGGCCAUUUUGGACCAAACUUAUUGUGGUUGCCAUUGGUUUUACGGGUGGCCUCGUCUUUAUGUAUGUGCAGUGUAAAAUGUAUGGAAGACUUUGUCAGAAAUGGAAAGCAUACAACCGUGUGCUUUCUAUCGCCAACGUGACAGACUGUGAACGAAUCAAAACUAUUUCACAUCACAAACAGGAGAAAAAAACUGUUGAGGACGUUGAUGUGAUUCCCACGGGCGAUAUGGAACUUGUUUGAUUCAUGUGACCCAAUUUAGGGCUGACAAUUUUUAUCUGGUGAUAUAUUGCAUGGUUAACGUAUGGUCUGGCAAAGACCACCUCAGAAUUAUUUCAGUGUUCAGCGCAUUUUCAAAAAAGAAUCUUUUUAUUGCAAAGAUUUCGUUUUUAAAUAUUGCCACAAAUAUGUCUGCAGUGCAUUCUGGAUCAUUCUUUGAAUGAAAAUUUCAGAAAAAUGGGUAAUUUACUCAAAAUCACCCUUAAAAAAGUAAAAAGCAGUCUCUUUUGAUCGAUUUUAUAGUUGCUUCUUGUUAAAAAAUAUCAGCAGUACUAAAUUUCAGUGAGCAUAAAACAUUGGUUAUCGUAAUUAUCAGAAAAUAAGCCCAUGUCUGGUAAUAAGCACACCCAUGUCUAUUGCAGAUUUGUUAAAAUGCCAACAAGUGCUUUUUCAUUGUCCUGUUAUAAGCUCACCCCUCUUCUAUGAGGCAGAUAUCAUGUGUUAGCUCCGGGGCUAACUUUAGGAAAAAUACGAUAUUUUUGCUUUGUAAGACAUCAGUGAUUUGUCAUAAGCAUAUGUAAGAGUAAUGCUUGUCUAUAUCCAGGUGCUUUCUUUGUAGAAUAACUUUAUACAGUAGAACACCCUUUUACUGGGGGUGUGAACAAAAAAUCUAAGGAAUUAUAACUGUCGUUUGAAAAUCAGAAUUCCAUAUUCUUUUGUAGUAACCGAAAUUUUAAGGAAAAUACGCAUUCAAUUGAAAUAGAUAAGAAUAUUAUUCCUGCAAUGAUUUUUUUUACAUUUUUAGCUCACCUGGCCCGUGGUGCGGCGUCCGGCGUCAAUAUUUUACU